CCCCGCAGGUUGAGGCCGGCGGAGUGAGCGCGGGCACCGCGGAGGUUUCUAGAAGCAGCAUCGUGCCGCGCGGCUCCCUGCUCCCCCGGUUCCCAGCACUGCUCUGCACGACCUGUCCGCCUGCCCUCCGCACACAUGGCCAAGUGGGGAGAAGGAGACCCUCGCUGGAUCGUGGAGGAGAGGGCGGAUGCGACGAACGUCAACAACUGGCACUGGACUGAAAGAGAUGCAACAAACUGGUCGUCAGAGAAACUCAAGGCCCUUCUUCUCGGCCUGAGCGUGGAGAACGAAGACGGCAAGUGUGAGGUGACAGAAGUCAGCAAGCUGGAAGGAGAGGCUUCGAUUAACAACCGCAAAGGGAAACUCAUCUUCUUUUAUGAAUGGAACCUGAAAGCCACUUGGACCGGAAAGUCGAAAACAGGAAUCGAAUUCAAAGGAACGGUCGAAGUCCCAAACUUGUCGGAUGAAAACGACAUGGAGGAUCUUGCUAUUUCUGUAAUGCUGAACAAAGACGAGCCUGAGACACCACUGAUGAAACUGAUGAAAACAGAAGGAGCAGAGAAAGUCCGCCAAGUGCUGGGAAGUUAUGUCGACUACUUGAAAACUGAAUUCACACAGGGGAUGAUUCUGCCGACGGCCAACGGCGUGUCCAAGACCUCGUCUAAUUCUCAGUCCAAAGCCAAGUGUGAUAAAACCCAGAUCUCGUCUUCAAGCAGCUCAGCUCCACCGGCCAACACCGGAGUGAAGAUCCCCACCUGUAAAUUCACCCUGAGGGACACGUUCCUCACCUCCCCGCCGGAGCUCUACAGAGUCUUCGUUAACCAGGACAUGGUCCAGGCGUUCAUGCACAGCCCCGCCGUCGUGGAAGGAGAGCGGGGAGGAAAGUUUCGCAUGCUAGACGGGAAGGUUUCUGGAGAAUUCACGGAGCUGGUACCUGAUGAGAAGAUCGUUAUGAAGUGGAGGUGUAACAACUGGCCCUGUGAGCAUUACGCAACGAUAACACUGACCCUAAUGGACCGGAGCAACGAGACGGAGCUGAAGGUGGAGUGCCGGGGCGUCCCCGACAGCGAGGAGGAGCAGACUAAAGAAGGCUGGAAGCGAUACUACUUUGAAGCCAUCAAACAGACUUUUGGCUACGGAGCACGACUAUUCUGAAGAUGCUGAACUGUAAUCUUGUUUUGUCCUGCAGUCUCAGCCACGAAGCGUCCAGUCGUACAUAAAUUCAUAGGACAAGUUGAUGAAAGAGGAACUAAGAGAAGCAAAGCGGUCACUGUUUUUGUGUUUUAAGUUUCAAUUCCUAAACGUAUUUAAAUCAGUUUUCUCCAACAUUUGGGUCGGUUGAUGCGAGCGACGGUGCCUUUGGGCUUUGCUUUAACAUGGGUUAAAUAAAGUAAAGAGUGCUGAACCACUGAUGAAAACUGGCCUCCACCUCUAUAAAUAUGUAAUUAUUGCAGGAGUUUGAACUUUUUUCUUUUUUUGGGGGGGAAAAAAAAAAUCUUGCUUUGAGAAUAAUUGUUUAUUUUCUACUUGUUUUACCGAGUAACUGUAGUGAAGAAGCUUUCAGCUGGGAUGCAUGUGUCAUUAAACCUGCCGGGGGGUCUGCUGCUGGUCCGAGCUCGCAGGGCUCCGGGGUUCUGCGUCCCGGGCCCGGCACUCGUCAGGGCCGCGACUCGGCUCCCACUUCAAACCGGAGCUCUGCUCCAAACGUCGGCGUCGGAACCGUGUCGGCUCCGCUCGCAGGUGAUCCGCGUCGCAACUGAAAAGAGACAUUUUGCUGUAUUUGGCUUUGAAAUGUAAAUAUCAAGUAAAAAGCUUUCACAACAGACUAAA